CCUGCUUUGGCCAGGCAAACGAGCGGAGCCUCCCAGCUACGCUGGAUUUGAAUGUCUAGUCUAGUGUACAGACAUAAAAACUAAAAUGUCAAAAUCCAUCAAAGAGUUCAGUCUUCACUACGACCCGAUUAAUGAAAGCAAUACCUUUACUAGUGGGGAUAUUGUAGAGGGGCGAGUUGUUUUGGAGGUAACCAAAGAAAUAAAGGUGGACAGCUUUUUUGUGAAGCUGACGGGGGACGCACAUGUAAGCUGGACUGAAGGAUCAGGUGACGACGAAACAACCUAUAGCGACCAUGAGAGAUACUUCAAACUAAAGCAAUACUUCAUUCAAGAGAGCUCAAAGAAAGGAGAAAGUGAAAAGAAUACAACUCUUGUAGAUGGAGAGACUUAUGGACCAGUGAUUAGGCCAGGAAGUCAUGUUUUUCCAUUCACAUUUCAGCUGCCUCAACAAAAUAUGCCUCCAUCUUUUAAAGGAUUUCAUGGCUGGGUUAAGUAUGUCUUGACAGUAAAGCUGAGCAGGCCUUGGAAGUCAACAUCUUCUGCACAUACGGAAUUAACCUUUGUGCUGAGAAAUGAUGGGAGCAAUGAUCAUUUACUGCAACCACAAUCUGGCACACAAGACAAGAGGAUGAAACUUUUUGGCUCAGGGAAAAUGUCAAUGAAUGUAACAGCUGAAAAAACUGGCUAUAUGCAAGGUGAAACAAUCAGAGUAUUUGUCGACAUUGACAACUCUUCAUCUCGUGACGUCAAGCUAAAGUACAGCCUCAAGCAGCAACAGACAUUCAUCGCUGGCAAGAGCACUAAUAGAGGAUUCAAGUAUAUAGUCAAAGAGACUAGAGAUCGCAUCCCUUCUGGAGAAAAGUCAAAAUUCAUAGUGGACAUGACCCUUCCACAUGACCUGACUGUCACCAUUGAAAACUGCAGAAUUCUAAAAGUGCAGUAUGAACUCAAGGUGUAUCUGGAUGUGUCUUUUGCAUCAGUAAGUCCACUUCACCUGCUAAAACUCUUCGACAGCAAUGUUGUAGAUGUAUGCAGAGCUACUGCAAAACGGAAGUUCAAAAUAACAUUCUAA